AUGGUGUCACUGUUUUACAGGACAAUCGAUUCAUCAAUUGCCAGUCUUGGUCCAAUGUCUCCUAAACAGUUACCAAAUCCUGUGGGUGCACGCAGCCAAACAUAUGUCAAAGCAGUAAUUCGGAAGACCAAACGAACAAAAUCAAAAGUAUUUUCGACAAGGUCUCGUCGAUCAUAUCUAUCCAAGUUGGUCGUGGCCGUUUUGUUGUGGGCUGUAGAUUUCGGUAGUACUUCAAGGGAAGGUAAAACCUUGUCAUUUCGAGGAGAAAAAGCCACGGGGUGUUUCUUUGUAAUUGUCCUGCUUAGCUUGAUGAACACACUGUCUGUUCGAACAGUUGAAAACCGCCAAGAGGACUGGAACUCUUCUUUCCUUCUUGGAUCUGUCUAUUUGUUUCGAGAUCUAUUCUGUCCCGUGUCUAAGACAUGUACCGCCAUCGCUGAGUCUUUGACCAGCGUUUGGUAUUCUUCUGCAUUCCUUGGUGGUUUGGAAUUGCAUACCAGAAUUGGUGAGCAUAAAAGGAUUAACAGACCACCAAGGAAUGCAGAAGAAUACCAAACGCUGGUCAAAGACUCAGCGAUGGUAAUACAUGCUUUAGACAAGCAUAUCAAGAAACUCCAGAGAAUAAUUACACCGGAUCCGUGGUUCCUUAAUUGCGAAAUCGAGAGAUACAACUACGACCAUUUGACCUCAACAAUAAGCCCAGUGCUUGUGAAGACCAAUACAACAGAUAUGGCGGACAAGCAACUGAGACACAUUACGGAUACUGAAAGCAAACUGUUUGUCCUGAAUGAGAAGCUACGUAAGCACCAUCCAGGUAUUCGAUCUUCCGUGGACAUACUUUGGGAUGAAAUAUCCGACGUGAUCAUGUUCCAUGAAGUCGAUGACGAUUUCAGUUUGCGGCUUUCAAGUAAAACGUUUGACAGCUCGAAAGAAUUUCUCAAAAGACAAGUACACAACGAGCUACCCCCUAAGAUGCUGAACAAAAAGCACUACAUAAAGAUUACUCCACAACGUCUCCUGGGACAUCCUAGACGGAAAAUUAUUGAGGUACAUCUUGAGUAUAUCACAGUUAUAAAGGCAACGGAAAUGUCGUUUCCCGAGCAAUGGAAGGUGGGAACCUAG